AUGGCCAAAGACGAAUCCAAAAAGGAAAAAAAGUCCAAGCGCAAAUCCGAAGUUGCCGCUAUGGACCUUGACACCGACGUUGACUCCACCCCUUCCAAAUCUUCCAAGAAGGACAAGAAAGAGAAGAAGAUCAAAGUCGAAGUUGACAUUGCCGCCGACGCCUCUGAUGACGAAGACCUAUCCGCCUCAACCGCCCAAAACAUUUCCGAAAUCGCUCAGCCACUCGCUCAACCCAAGAUGAGCAAGAAACUCUUUAAGCUUACCAAGAAAGCCUCCAAGUCUCGUGGUCACGUUAAACGUGGUGUUAAGGAAGUAGUAAAAGCUUUGCGAAAGGGAGAGAAAGGCCUUGUUAUCCUCGCAGGCGAUAUUUCUCCUGUUGAUAUCCUCAGUCAUAUCCCGGUGCUGUGCGAAGAUACGAGCAACCCAUACAUCUUUGUUGACAGCAAGGAGGCCUUGGGAGCAGCAAGCGCAACGAAAAGACCAACGAGCUGCGUUAUGAUCGUUCCAGGAGGCGGAAAGAAGGCUGCAGCAAAGGGAAAGGACGCAACAAAGGCAAAGGAGGAUUACUCGGAGGAUUACGCUGGUUUGCACAAGCAGGUUCAGACUUUGAGCGAUCAGGUCGCUCUUGCUGUCUAA